AUAUGGUUUUGUUUUCGACGCUUUGGCCUUUUAGGUUAUGUAUUUGGUGCACUGACUACAUGAGGUAUUCAAUGCAAAUAUAACACACAAAUUCAUAAUUUGAUUAUUUUGUGUGGUGUAUGCCUAUUUUUAUCCUAUAGUGAACAAAAUAUUACGUAAAAGUAGCUUGUUUUUGUUGUUCUGUACAUGUGAUUGGAGUGUGAGAAGUGUUGCUGCCAACAAUAUUUUUCAAUCUAUUGGUCAAUAAGAUAUGACGGCAAUGGCUAAGGUGAAGAAAAUGCAAUUAUCAAACAGUCAGAAGAAAAAACAAAAACAUAACAAAGCAGGAAAAAAAGAAUUCAAACCAAGCUCUAGAAGAGGUCGUUUAAUUGUGAGGAAUCUUCCUUAUAAGUGCACUGAAAAUGAUGUACACAAACACUUCAAAGCCUUUGGAAACAUUAAAGAUAUCCAGUUGUUGCGGAGGCCAGAUAAAAAGUUGGUUGGCUGUGGCUUUGUAGAGUUCACUUCAAGGUUGAAUGCUGACAAGGCAGUAGAACAACUUAAUGGGAAACAAUUCUUAGGCCGACCAAUUUAUAUUGAAAGGGCAGUGGCUCAAGACAGGUACAACGAAUCCUCAAAACAAAAUAGCCAAGACAGCUGUUAUAGAGAAGAUUCAGAAAAAGAGGAUGAUGUGAAGGAUGAUUUUGACAAAAGUGAAAUAAAACAAGAACCUGCAACAGACCAAGUUGAGGAUUACCUUGAUACUUCUGAAAUCAAACAAGAACCAAAAGAUUCAGAUGAAGAAAUAGAAACUAAUAAAUCACAAGAUGGAAGGAAAAAUGUCAACGUCAAGCAGGCUAGACUUAUUAUUAGAAAUCUUUCAUUCAAGGCAACAGAAGCAAAAUUGAAGGCACAUUUUACCCCUUUUGGAGAGAUAACAGAGGUAAAACUGUUGCGGCGACCUAAUGGCACACUUGUUGGCUGUGGAUUUGUGCAGUUCGCCAAGAAGCAAGCCGCUGCUAAAGCUAUUUACCAUACUAGUGGAAAGCCUUUCUUAGAGAGGCCUGUUAUUGUGGAUUGGGCAUUACCAAAAGAUAAGUUCACGAAAAUGCAACAAGAUGUUUUAAAUACAAAAAUAAAAAAAGAGGAUGGUGAAGAAAUUUCUCCUUCAGACAUUAGCAUUGUAAAAGAAGAAGAUGAAUCAGAUAAAGAAUCUAGUGAAGAAGAAGAUGAAUCAGAUGAAGGAUCUAGUGAAGAAAAAAGUGAAAACAGUGACAGUGAAGAAGAGGAAGAAGAAGAAGUAACAAAAAACAUUAAACAGGAACUGGACGUGGAAAAGAGAGAGAGAAAACAGGAUGUAGAGGAGGGAAAAACUGUUUUUGUCAAAAACAUACCAUUCUCAGCAACUGAUGAGGAGUUUCGAGAAUGUAUGGAACAGUUUGGUCCUGUAUUUUAUGCUCUUGUUUGUAAAGACAAGUUCACGGAGCACUCUAAGGGCUCUGGCUUUGUCAAGUUUAAGAAGAAAGAUGAUGCAGAAAAGUGCCUCAGUUCCGGGACAGAGUUGACUCUGAAGGGAACUAUCCUGGAUCCACAUCCUGCUCUCAAACGUAGUGAGGUACAAAAGCUGAACGACAAACCAAAAGAAAAGAAAGAUAACAGAAAUUUGUACCUUACCAAGGAAGGCAUGAUCAUUGCGGGCACGCCGGCCGCACGAGGUGUAUCCGUCAGUGACAUGGAACGUCGUCUACAACUUGAGCAGUGGAAGACAACUAAGUUGAGAAACCUCAAUAUGUUUGUGUCACGCAACCGUUUGGUUAUUCAUAAUCUGCCAGCAACAUUCACAGACAAACAGUUGCACAAACUAUUCCAGAGUCAUGCUGGCUCCUCUGCCAUCAUCAAAGAGGCAAGGAUCAUGAGGGAUCUCAAACAUCUUGACUCAAAAGGUCAGAGCGUUUCUAAAGGUUUUGGAUUUGUGUCCUUUGAGAAGCAUGAGGAUGCUCUGAAAGCCUUACGCAGCAUCAAUAACAAUCCAAGCAUCUUUACCCCAAACACGAGGCCAAUCGUAGCAUUUUCUAUAGAGAAUCGAUCAGUUUUAAAUUCGAAAACCAAUAGAAUGAUUAAGAGCCGACAGAAGAACCCACUUUGUAAAGAUUACAAAGCUAAAGAAGAAGUACCUGCAAAAAAAUCUAAGUAUGAGAGCAAUUCAAAACAUGAGGAGCAGAAUGAGCCUGAGUUUGCAGGGGUCACAGCCAAACCAGGAUCUACUGUUAAAAUGAGGCAAAAAUAUAAAUUAACAAAUCAGGCUCAGCAACAUUUACAAGAUGUAAAGAAGCAAAAGAAGGAAAUGAAAAUGAACAGAAAGUUAAGGCGGGUUGAACACAUAAAGAAAAAACAGGUUGAAAAGAAAAUGACGAAGAAAAAUAAAAAAACAGUUGAUAAUGACUCAGCAUUUACUAAACUUGUUGACAAGUAUAAAUCUAAAUUGUUGUCCCAAACCAAUGAAAAGAAAAAGUGGUAUGACUCAUGAGCCAUGAAGAGAUGUUUUAAUUGAAGAAUUUGUAAAUACAUUUAAACCUAGUGGACUAUUGUACAUAUUAGUAGAUUUUUUUAUUAUUAUUUAUUUACUAAUUGUUAAUUUUGUAAAUAAAUAUAAAAAACUGUG